AUGGCCAUGUUCGCGUCUUGCCGACGUGCAGCAUCUGCCAGCUUACCAAAGCAAGCUCUGCGCUUGGAACUGCCCGGGGCUGACCAGAGCCGAUUGAAUCUGACGAUUUUGCCCAUUCUGCACGGGCGCCUCAAGGGCCCAGGAAGCGGCGAAGAAGCCGCGCAGGCGAUCAGCGCCCUUGCUCCGCGCCAGGUGAUGGUGGAGCUAUGCCAGCGUCGGUAUGGACAGGUCAUGACAUCCUUACAAAUGGGUCUGCCUAUGCGGCCGCCAUCGAAGCUGGAUUUGCUGGGCAACGUCCAUGGAGGACUUCUUCAACAUGAACUAGCACCUAUUCUCCAGGCAGCUCGCAGUGUCGGUGCCGCUAUCCUGCCAAUCGACAGGCCGCAAUCCGCUACUCGAAGUCGAGUCGCUCACAGGCUUUGGCAUCCCAAGCUGCUGCAGGGCCUCCUGUCCUUUGCUGGCUACUCAUUAAGGAAGCAGCGGGACAGUCUGUCACCUGCGCUGCCUUACGAUGCAGAAGAGAUCCGGCGUGAGUUGGAGCGCUGCUGUCCCGUUGCGCAUGACGUGCUGAUUGAUGAGCGCAGCUUUUACUUGGCACAGCAGGUGGCGGUCUCGUCGGUGCCGGAUACUGAUGUGGCCGUGGUUUGCAGCGCACCGAUGAGCACGUACUUGGUGUCUGCACUUCGCCAAGUGCCUGACAUGCAGAAGGCUAAGGACCCUCAAGCUGGUGCGACGAGGCUUUUGAAGUUGGCGAAACGGGGAGUCCCAGUGUGGCCACUCUAUGCUUUUGCGUAUGGCGUGGUGCCUGCUGGCCUGACUGCCUUCGCCGGCGUUUGCUUCUGGGAUGCUUUCCUAUACCCGGCCUUGUUUCAGGAAAUGUCCAGCCAGCCAAGGGCAUGA